AUGCUCUGCGAACAGCCAAUUUGUACCAUCGCUUGUAAGAACUCGGGAUCCUGCGUGGCGCCAAACAAAUGCGCAUGCCCAGACGGGUUUAAGGGUGACCAAUGCGAAGAACGUUCUGGUAUCUCGAUUGAGAAGGAGGGUGAUUUCUUCUACCUUGAUUCUGGUUCUGGUUGGAGGAGUAAAUUUGAUAAUGGAUCAACCGUUUACGUCACACUAAAUGAAGAGCUGAUGGCGUCAACUGUUGGCUUGUGUGGAGACUACGAUGGCAAACCAGAUAAUGAUUUGAUGACCAAGAAUAAAAGCAUUGCAACCAACCCGAUCGCCUUCGGACAUAGCUGGACUUUGGAGGACGAUCAGGUCGAUCCCAGCCUGUACCACGAUGCAUGCCUGUAUGAUCUUUGCCUGCACGAUCCAGACAACCAGGCCGUUCUGUGUUCAUCUUUAGAAGCCAAAAUCGUGUCCGGUGGUCAGAUCUACAAAGACUGUGGGUCAGCGUGUCCGAAGACCUGCGCGUCCCUCAACUACGGACAUGACAUGGACUGUCCGGACACUUGCGUCUGUGGCUGUCAAUGCCCGGAUGACUUAUACAUGGAUAUCGGGGGAGAUAGGUGCGUCACGGCUGAGGAGUGCUCGUGUGUAGUCAAUAGGAGAAUAUAUCACCCGGGAGAUAUCAUCAAGAAAGACUGCAAUACAUGCACCUGGAAAGGAGGUCGCUGGGAUUGCACUCACGAGGUCUGUGAUGCUACCUGUUACGUCAUCGGAGCAUCCCACGUCAUCACCUUCGAUAAACAUGAAUAUUCAUUCCACGGCAUGUGCGGAUACACCUUGGUUGAGGAAGCCAAAGGCAAGUUCACCAUCGUAGCUGAGUUUGCCGACUGCGGUAGUGAUGGAUCUGUUUCCUGCGUUAGUUACCUCAAGAUAACUGUCGGUAGAACCACGGCACAACUCCACCGGAAUCACGAGGUUCAGAUAGAUGGAGACAUAGUGAUUUUGCCUUACCAUUCAGCAGAGUUUAACAUCAUUCGAGCGUCUUCGGUCUUCGUAGUGUUUGAGAGCGCAGGGUUCCGUGUGAUGUGGGAUGGCUCGAUGAGUGUGGAGAUGACAUUGGAAGCGGAUUACAAAUAUGAGGUUGUUGGCUUGUGUGGCUCAUUUGACUAUAAUCAGGAGAAUGACUUCGCCACACGCAGCGGAGACAUCGAAUCAGACCCAUACGUCUUUAUCAGCAGCUACAAAGUGACCCAAACUAAUGCACCGCGGGCUGAGCGCCUCUGCGCGUCGCUUCGCGAUAACGUAUUUGCAGAGUGUGCUUACGUCAUGGAGGAUGAGUUCUAUCGUGAGAGCUGCUUGGCCGAUGUUUGUGGGUGUGACAACAAGGAGGCGUGUCUGUGCAGCGUGGUCCAAUCAUAUGCUAGACAGUGCGCCCUCAACGGUCAAGUUGUUGACAACUGGAGGAACAUUUCCUCACUCUCUGGUAGUUGCGAAAUCAUCUGUCCCACUGGUCAAGUUUUCAGUGAGUGCGGCUCAGCUUGUGGUCAAACCUGUGGUGACCACGCCUACGGUGACCAUUGCUCGGACCAUGAAUGCUUACCGGGAUGCAGUUGCCCUGACAACCAAGUCUCGAAUAAGCACCAUGUCUGCGUGGAUGUGUCUAGCUGUGAGUGUGUUCAUCUUGGCAAGAUGUAUCAAGCAGGCGAGGUGAUUCAGAUGCCGUGUCAGACAUGCAUCUGUCGCAACAGAACUUGGCACUGCACAUCACAUUCAUGCCCAGCAACCUGCAUGGCAGUCGGGGAUGCUCACUACUCCACCUAUGACAGCAAGUCAUACUCCUUCCCAGGGCAAUGUCGCUACAUCCUCACCAAGGAGAUUUACGGAACGUUCCUCGUCACCACGCAGAAUGUUCCGUGCGGCACUGAGGGCGUAACGUGCACCAAAUGCGUCCACGUUCAGAUCAAGAGCGUGCUGAUCAAGCUCCUGCGUGGACGCGCUGUGAUCGUGAAUGAGAACCCAGUGAAUCUUCCCAAAGUUUACAACGAGAUUACGAUCUUAAAGAGCGGGAUCUUCACCAUAAUACGAUGGGAUGACAAGCUUGAGGUUCGCUGGGAUGGAGCCACUCGUGUGUACAUCAAGGUCUCUCCGCAUUUCGCCGGUAGUUUGGUCGGUCUAUGUGGUAACUUCGAUAAUAAUGCUGAGAAUGAUUUCACCAGUCGGUAUGGUAUGAAGGAAGCACGGGCAGAUACGUUCGGUAAUAGCUGGAAGGAUAUUCCUACGUGCGCUGAUGUAGACAGUAAGAAACAUCAAGAUCAAUGUGAGUUGAAUCCCAACCGUCUCACCUGGUCUAAGAAGCGAUGCAACAUCUUGAGAAAUGAGAAGUUCCAUCCGUGUCAUGAAGUUGUUAACCCAGAGAUGUAUAUGAAAUGGUGUGAAUAUGAUACAUGCGGAUGUAAUUCCGAGUACGACUGCGAGUGCCUGUGCACCGCACUGGCAGCCUACGGGGAAGAGUGCAACAGACACGGCGUUCAUAUCCACUGGCGAUCUGAGGAUUUGUGCCCCAUGCAGUGUGACUAUGGCUACGUUUACAAAGCUUGUGGACCUAUUUGCCCUGUAACCUGUGACUCUCUGAGUGAAGAGAUCCAUUGCGACUUCUGUAAGGGCUGCGUGGAAGGUUGUCACUGUCCAAACGGUACCGUAGAGCACGAUGGUGUGAGAAAGGCUUGUAAGUUGGAUGAGUUUGAGUGCACCAAUGGACGCUGUAUUCCCGACGAUUGGACGUGUGACACAGCGGACGAUUGCGGGGAUGGUUCAGAUGAAAUCAACUGUACGUCACCUCAGUGCAAGAUGGAUGAGUUUCAAUGUAGGCAAGGUCAUUGCAUUCCGAUCCAUUAUCGAUGUGAUGGGGUGUUUGAUUGCGGUUUCAACGACACUACGGAUGAAGAUGGUUGCACGCCGGGACCAAAAUGUGGUGUACGUGAAUUCCAGUGUCGCAUCAGUGGCAUGUGUCUAUCAUUGAUUCAUCAAUGUGACGGACAUGAUGAUUGUGGAGAUGGCAGCGAUGAAUCCAGUUGUGACGCUUGCAAGUAUCACCUGUGUGAUUCUGGAGAAUGCAUCACAUUUGACAAGUUGUGUAAUGAUGUGCAUGAUUGCAAGAACGGGGAAGAUGAAAGAAACUGCCAACUCUCAACUCCAGAGCCUGGAUGUUCAGAGUUCACAUGUAACAACGGCAGGUGUAUCCCUGAGCUCUAUGUUUGUGAUCGUAGUGAUGACUGUGGUGAUGGCUCAGAUGAAGACCAAUGUGAAAUGGAGGAACUCAGACAACCAGGGUUGAUUCCACCGUGA